GUGAGUAGCAGCCAUUCAGCAGCGGUGGCUGAAGCGAUUGGACUGUAUACGUCUCUGUCUGCUCUUUCUGUGGAAUUUGAAUUAUUUUGGCCCGGCACGGUUCGUGAGACGGAGGUGACGGCAUCAGUGGGGUCGCAGCGGUAGUCACAGGGAGCUCAGCGAUGAAUAAGCUACGGCAGAGCUUCCGCCGGAAGAAAGACAUCUACGUGCCGGAGUCGAGUCGGCCACACCAGUGGCAGACGGACGAGGAGGCGGUCCGCAGCGGCAAAUGCAGCUUCGCAGUCAAGUACCUGGGACAUGUGGAGGUGGAGGAGUCCAGGGGGAUGCACAUAUGUGAGGAUGCAGUGAAGCGGCUGAAGACGGACAGGAAAUUCUUCAAAGGAUUCUUUGCAAAAGCUGGAAAGAAGCCAGUGCGGGCUGUGUUGUGGGUGUCGGCAGAUGGGCUUCGUGUUGUAGACGACAAAACAAAGGACCUGAUUUUAGACCAGACAAUAGAGAAGGUGUCGUUCUGUGCUCCGGACCGGAACUUUGAGAGAGCGUUUUCUUACAUCUGCAGGGACGGCACCACGCGACGCUGGAUCUGCCAUUGUUUUAUGGCCAUCAAAGACUCAGGAGAGCGUCUCAGUCACGCUGUAGGUUGUGCGUUUGCCGCCUGCCUGGAGCGAAAACAGAAACGGGAGAAGGAGUGCGGCGUCACAGCAACCUUUGACGCCAACAGAACCACUUUCACCCGCGAGGGUUCGUUCCGGGUUACUACGGCGACAGAGGCGGCAGAGCGGGAGGAAGUCAUGAGGCAACUACAGGACGCUAAAAAAGCAGACACGGACGUGAAGGUUGCUGGGAACUCGGCCAUUUGUGUGACAAACUCGUCAGGACACCAGACGGGUGGUUCGUCAUCGCCCUCGUCCUCCCCGCCUCUCUCCAUGACCUCGCUGGGACCUCAGGUCAUUCCCCGCAGGCACGCGCCAGCUGAGGCUCUGGCCAGACAGGGCUCCUUCAGAGGUUUCCCCGCCCUCAGUCAGAAAACGUCUCCCUUCAAACGUCAGCUGUCGCUGCGCAUGAACGAGCUACCCUCCAACUUGCAGCGCAAGUCUGACUUCCCCAUUAAAAACACAGUUCCCGAGUUGGAGGGUGAAGGUGACAGCAUCAGUGCGUUGUGUACUCAGAUCACAUCAGCGUUCAGUGGACCUCCAGAAGAUCCCUUCACCUCAGCACCGAUGCCCAAACCAGCCUCGUCCCCACAGUCUCCUGUUGCACCAGUGAACGGCACAGCUCCCGCCUUCUCUGUUGCGGCCACUGCUGCUGCUGUGGCCGCUGCAGCUACUGCUGCUGCUGCUGCUGUUAACCCUCCAGUCAUGGCUCCUGCUCUGCCUGCUCGAGAAACUAACCCCUGGGCCAAAACCCCAGCAGGGGCCCCGGCCUCUGCACAGCCAGGAAGUGACUGGUCAUCUCCUACUCCUGUGAUUGUAGCCCCUCCUUCGUCCUCCCCAGUCUUGCCCUCACAUAAGCGCACACCAUCAGAAGCAGACCGAUGGUUGGAUGAAGUUACCAAGUCUGUCCGAGCUCCGCAGCCCAAUCCAAUCAUGGUAGCGGCAUCACCUCCCACUCAGCAGUUCUCCGCCCCCAUGCCGAUUCCCGUGGUGACUGUUCCUCCUGUUCCCUUCAUGCCCUCUCUGCCCCCUGCUGUGCCCAUCCUGCCCCCCCGCCAGCUCGGCUUCCAACCUCAGGCUCCAGCCUCUUAUCCAAUGUCCAACGGUCUGCCGUUCCCACAGCCCACCGGGCCUGUGUUCGGUAUCACUCCCUCACAGAUGGUGGCGAACGUGUUCGGCUCGGCCACGCAACCCCAGUUGUUCUCCAUCCCGGCCUCGACGACAGCACAGCACGAUGUCCCGGUCAUCGGCAACGUCAGCCCCUUCAUCAAACCGCCGCCGUCCACCGCCAUGACCACUGCUCACCUACAGUCGGCCAACGGUAACGCGACCUUUAACGGCGCCGACAACUGGGCCGCCUCGUCCCAGCUCGCUCCAUCCUCCCCGGCCAUCCAGCCUCCCCCACAGCAGCCAGAAGAUGCCUUCGAGGCCCAGUGGGUGGCGCUAGAGGGCCGCUCACGGCAGCGCACCUCACCCUCGCCGACGAAUCCCUUCUCCACCGAGCUGCACAAGACCUUUGAGAUCCAGCUCUGAAGACUGCUGUGACAUAAGAGAGUGAGAACAAGUGGGUGACUGACUACACAGGGAGGGAGAGGGGGAACGUCCCUCCCGCUGCUCUUCAUCAUCUCAGUUUCAGUGGACAAAGCUCAGCAGAGCUGAAAAGACACAGCAGACAGUGGAGACUGAGGGGGGAAUUGACAGGGAGCAGAAAUCUGUGAUGGGAGAAGAA